AAUACCCACACAGGUUAGGUGUAGAUCUCUCAUUUUCUCUCUCUAAACCGUUUACUUGUAUUGUAUAAAAUUCAGACUUGAAAGACUGAUUGUUCUUGUAGAGAGAUUUUCAUGUAUUCGAAUGAUGUAUAACAAUCUGAUUCCCGUUUAAAUGAAUUAAUUAAGUUGGGAAGUUGUGAGUUUCUUCAGGUUUUAGACGAAUUCUCUCUAAAGUCAACUCUCACGUCGCUAUGUCGCCUCUUAUUUUCUAUCCAGCUUGAAGAGGCUAUCACUAUUCGCAUCUGUCUAAGCUUGUUAUCUCGCACUCUCGUCGUGAUUGCCCAGUGCAAUUCAACAUUUUAGUCAAGGUUUUGAAAUUGAACCUGAAGCAUCAUUUACAAAAACAUGUUGAAGUUGGGUCCCAAAAAAAUGAAAGGAAAAACUUGGGACGACGGUGGCAAGAGUAAACUCAUGCAAAUUCUAAUUUCAUAUGGAAAAAAUACAGUCUAUUCGAUCCAGUUUGUGUAUGCUGUAAAUGGGGUAAUGUGUCCUUCAGAAAUUUAUGGAAAACCAUGUGGUUCAAAAUUUGAUAUCGUGAUGUUUGAUGAGCAAAAAGAGGAGUAUUUGACUUGUGUAAGUGGUCAAUAUGGCAAAAAGAAAUUGGGUUCAAUUACAUUUGGUACCAACAAGAGUACGUAUGGACCCUAUGGAAGUAUUCUUAAGAGUUCGGAUCCGCAGUUUGUGUAUAAGUUCAUACCCGCGUAUUCGUUUGGGGGAUUUCAUGGUAGUGUUUACAAGUCGUGUCUGUGUUCCAUUGGGGUCUAUGUUAGGCCCCUUGGAUUCAUUGCUGAACCUGAUAAAGGUGAUGAAGAUGCAUGAUCAAAGUACUAGUCGAUCAAGAUGGAUGAGGGUAAAAGUAGGAAAUUUGUUUUAUUGUUUUAUUAAUUGCAUUGAGUUAUUACUCAGUCGUUUAUAGCACUACUUAGUUAAAAGGGUACACAUUACUUUCACUCUGUCUUGUUUUUUAAUCAAUUCCAUA